UAGUUCUACAUGCCUGAAGUGCUUGCCUCGAAAAAUAAUGACACUUGUAUAAAAAGUGAGAAAUUGCUUAAAUCUUUGUCAGUGUCACGGAGGUGCAGUCGAGGUGGGCUGGAAAUAUGGGAUAUGCGCUUGCUGGAAGAGGAGGAGUAUGACUGUGUAAUUAAAGGCGAAAAAAAUUCUUCAGACUGAUUUGUUAGGCUCCAGCAGACUAGAGGGUGUUACCGGCCCAUAUUAUAUCAAGUUUGAAAAGCAAACACAUGAUCAGAAAUUAGGCGCCUUCAAGUUUUCUUAUUGCACGUGCGAUAUAAUAUUUAAGAUUCCUCUUUAAAACUCAACUCUCCGGUCUCUUUUACUCCGCGGCGGGUUCAUCUCACGCGCUGUGGAUGCGUCUAGAUCCACUCCGUUUACAAUCUUUUGUGCUCUUAAACAGCGGUCAAGAUCGGUUAAAUGCCAAGUGUGGGAUCUCCAGUUGUUCUCUGGUGCCGGAUAAGAGCGUGUUUUUUUGAAUGAGGAUAUCAGGUCUUAGUCAAACGUGCACGGAGCAGCACGGGCUCUGAAGAAUGAAGCGAUAAUAUCAAUCAUCUGUGAUACCCUUCAGGACUUUGAAUAACAGCGCGAUCUACGAUGUAUUCGCCGAUUUGUCUCACACAGGAUGAGUUUCAUCCCUUCAUCGAGGCACUGCUCCCUCAUGUCCGUGCCAUAGCCUACACCUGGUUCAACCUACAGGCGCGAAAGCGCAAGUACUUCAAGAAGCACGAAAAGCGGAUGUCCAAGGAUGAGGAACGGGCCGUGAAAGAUGAGCUGCUCAGCGAGAAGCCUGAAAUCAAACAGAAGUGGGCAUCCCGUCUCCUGGCCAAGCUGCGCAAGGACAUCCGGCAGGAGUACCGGGAGGACUUUGUGCUCAGUGUAACAGGCAAGAAGCACCCGUGCUGUGUUCUCUCCAACCCCGAUCAGAAGGGCAAGAUCCGCCGAAUCGACUGCCUGAGGCAGGCUGAUAAAGUGUGGCGGCUGGACCUGGUGAUGGUCAUCCUGUUUAAAGGUAUUCCGCUGGAGAGCACAGAUGGGGAGCGGCUAGUCAAGUCCCCGCACUGCACCAACCCGGCACUUUGCGUCCAGCCCCACCACAUCACUGUCUCGGUUAAAGAGCUGGACUUGUUUCUGGCAUACUACGUCCAGGACCAAGACUCGCAACAGUCAGGAAGUCCUAGCAACAAUGAGCCUGGCAAGAACCCUCCAGUUUACUUGGAAGACAGCUUUGUUAAAUCAGGGGUCUUUAGUGUUUCGGAGCUGGUUAGAGUAUCCAGAACUCCUAUCACACAGGGUGCUGGAGUGAACUUCCCUAUGGCUGACAUGCCAAGUCAGCCAUAUUAUCAAGACCUGAACUCAGGAGUGAGUUUACACCGGUCCCUCUCGUCCCCUCAUGGCAGUAAGCGGCCUAAGACGAUCCAAGAGGACAGUAUGGAGACUAGUCCCACUGGGCCAGACUUCUACCCGUCCCCUAGUUCACCGGCCAGCAGACCCUGGCAUGAGAGAGACCAAGACAUGUCCUCUCCCACCAUGAAGAAGCCAGAGAAGCCAUUAUUCAGCCCCACGUCUCCACAAGACUCUUCACCUCGGCUCAGCACCUUCCCCCAACACCACCACCCAGGACUGACCACCGUUGGCCAUAGCGUAAUUUCCACCAGGAGUCCACCUCCACUGCAGUUCUCUGCCCCUUCCAUCCUUCCCCCGGUCCCCUCGCCCUACAUCUCUCAAGGCGCCAUCCGCUACCCGCCACACCUCAACCCACCCGACUCCCUCAAGAACUACAUGCAGCCUUACGACCCGUCCAGCCCACAGAGCAGCCAGCCGAACAGCAGUGGCCAGGUACUGGGGAAAGUGCCCGGUCACUUCACGCCGGUGUUGGCCCCCUCGCCCCACCACGGCACUGUCAGACCAGUGUCUCUCUCGAUGGCUGACACCAAGCCAAUCACCACAUCCUCAGAAGGUUAUUCAGCUCCAGGAACUCCCACUGCCAACCGUUUUGUGGGACUGAGCUCCAGAGACCCAGCCUUUCUUCACCAGCAACAGCUGAGGAUUUGUGACUGGCCCGUGAAUCAAAACAUCAGGUCAUAUGGCUCAGAGGAGGCUUUGGGGAUUUCUUGGCAAAGGAAACGACGAGACUCUAGUCAUCAGCUCAAGUCACAGAUGAUUUCAAGCAAGCCAGGACAGCAGAGGGGCUGCAGGAAAGAAGAGAGACAGAACCCAUCCUGGUACCUGGGCGAGCUUAAUUCCAUUCCAAGUGUCGAACGGGACUCCGAUUCUGCCAACAAAUGUCCAGAAUUACAGCAUAAACAUCAUUGGUGAGCCCCUCCUCCAGGCAGAAUCAAGCAAUUAAAGGGGGCCUAAAACUGGACCCAGGAGAGACAGGUCCUCGGACAAACCAGCAAGCAGCACUUAUACAAUCGACAUGGACCUUUGUCCCAGCCUCUCAAGGACAUUGGCUUAGCGCAGUAGAGUGAGUUGGGUCAAAGCGUUCUCUUCUGAUAUGAGCCACUCCACGCCAGUCAGUCAUUGUGUAAAAAAGUCCCUGAACUGAGAUACUGUGAUCUUUACCAUACAAACUUUAGAUGCCUUACUGUAUAUGCAUGACAUGCUAGUCUCUUGUUAGUGUUUCUCUUGUUCUCAUGUCACGAUUACUAGUUUUGGUUUACAAAACGAUUUAGAAGGGGUGAUCACACAAGGGCUGGCUGAUUGGAUGGUUUGUAAAGCAGGCUGCAAUUGGAACGAACUAUCAUCAAACAAAGGCUCAUCGUAUUCGUUACAUAACCAUAGGAACAAUUUUCAAUGAACUGAAUGUUUCUAUUUUCAUAUUACCCUCAAAAUUUAAUUUGCCCAUGGUGCAAAAUCUUUUGAAUAUGUAAUCAUGUCAAUCCUGUACUAAUUUUCUUUUAAGGUAAAGGUUGGAAUUUACUAUCCAGAGUUAAGAACUCUGAAAACUUUUUUUCCUUCAAGGAAAGAAAAAGCCUGAAUUACUAGGUAAGAAAUACUACCCUUUUUUUUUUAUUUCCUUCGAAAACGAUUUUGAGAAAAAUAAGACAAUAUCUCACAAGAGGCAAGUGCAAUUUAAAUGAUUUUACUGAAGGGAAGCUAUCACAGUCUGUCUGCCCUAAGACUCUAAAGGAACGGGGAGUAAAUGUUAAUUUAACAAAAAAAAAACAAAAAAAAAUUUAAUGAAAAAAGUGAACCUAAAUCAUAAAAAAUAAAACUUUCAUCCUUGAUUCGCGAUACUAGGGAAAGCUGAGGGUGGAAGAGAAAAGUGGGAUUGACAGCGAACGUUUACGUGAGCAUAACUGAACAUGAACAAGACAGCACUUACUUUGAGCCGUACCCAAACAUGCGGGUAGUUUUUCUUUUUUUUAUUUAUUAAAAUGAAAACAAAGUCGAUGAAAAAAGACUCAGACACAUAGCGUGUAUAAAAUGGCUUUUUUUGACAUAUUACUCACCGAUCUAGAUGCAUGUUUAGUCAGAUGUUGGCUUGUAAAGCUACUGUUUACAUUUGAUAUCAUGAGAAACAAGAGGAAUGCAGGCUGGUGAUGUGUAUGUGUAAAGCUGUACUCAUUUCAACACUAACCUGCAGGUUGAGGCGAGGUCUCAAGGUGCUUAUUUCAAACCCACUUUGGUAGUUUCAACUGUCGCAGUCCCAGAAAUCGACGAUUGCUUCUUGGCAUUUGCAAUGCCAUUGCCUCUCCAAUCAGACAUAUUUAUAUAAUUAAUCUUUCCAAUAAUCUUAAUUUGCACGAAAAUAUAUAGUCCACAUUACGUGCCUUGCCUUCGACUAUAGAAAACAUCACUACACUUGUUUUUGCUGCAUUUAUUACCGUUUUAGGGGAAAAAGUAACAUUUUUAUGAUAAGAAAUAUUUUGUACUCUGGAUGAAAUUGUGACAUUGAUUUUUAGCUUCAUUUACUACUUUAUCUCACAUUUAAAGUGCGUAUCAAGGCUGUGUAUAGUUGCCGUUCUAAAGUUUAUAAUCAACCAGCAUUAUUAUUUUAUUUUUUUUCCAGUAUUUUGGUGGUUGUCAUUUUUUGAUUUUGUUGAAUCAUGUGUUGUUUGUUUGUUUUUCCAUCUUCCAGUCAUUAUUGGGGAGGGCGGGUCCAGAUUUAUAAGAAUUAUGCAAUACCAAGUUUUGCCUAUGUAGGUAGUGCUUUUAGCUAUGUGGAUUAUUAGAAGCUAGUACAGAAAUACACAUAGUUUAAACAUUUAUUUUCUUUCUAUGUUGUUGUUGAUGAUGAUGUUGUUGACAUUGUUGUUAUUUUCCAUUCUUUUUUUUUUUUUUUUUUUUGGUAAUUGACCAAAGUGGGAACUGCUUUCUAUGCAGUGUGCGACAAGGUCUUUUUUCCCUUGAGUGUAAAGGCAGAUAGGUGCGUAAGAGAGACGUUUGUUUUGUAUUCUCUGCAAGGGGAGGCCUUUUUUCUACACUUUGAAGCAUGUCUGCAAAGAAGGCACCAUUUGGUCUAAUAUGGCUGCAAAGUCACUGAUUUGUCUACUGUGACUAACAAACUCCUUCAAACUUCCCACCUGGGGUGCUAGUUUGACCUUCGGAAGAAGAUGACUUUCAUAGGGGAGACAGCUUGACUUGAGAGUGACAAUCACCGGCGAAUUAUGCACACUAGGGCAAAGUGUUAAAUGCUGGCAUUUUUUUAUCAGAUAGCUUCCCUACCCUGUUCACCUUUUCCGGUUAACAAUGUAGCUAUAUGCAAUUCCCAAGUAAAUGCCUUAAAUUUUUACAAACAAGUGACUUGUUAUAAAAUGCGCUACAAUCACUGUCACGCAAAGUUACUGCGUGUUAGAUCUGUCACAAUCAGUAAAUUUCACUGUUUUUUAUUCUUCCCUUUGAAGUGUUAAAAUUUACAGCCUUAUUGAGAUCACAGUCCAUAGACAAAUACCCCCAUGGGGAGAAUCAAUUUUAUAUUUAUCCCAAGUUAUAUAUGGUUAUUUUCAAUAUCCGGUGAAAGGGAAUAACUUAAUGCUCUUAUGGUCUUGAGGAUCACAAACAUGGUUUUGCACCUACAGCAUAUAGGCAAUCAUCCACCCACAGUGUCUUUCAGUUAAAGUUUCAGUUUUUUAAAGAAAAAACAAAACAAAAACUCAGGCGUUUUGCUUAACAGGGCAUUACCAGCAUCAAUUAAUGGAUGGCCUCUUUAUAAUAACACUUCUUAUCACCAUGGUUUUAAAUUGUAGCCCUUAAAUCACUAUUCAGUCUGUUUCUGAGACCUCAAGUCAAGCUGAAUCUCUCCUCCUUCACUGAGAUGUUUUUUAUUUUUUAUUUUUUGUCAUAUAUGUGAUUAAGCUAGAAAAAAAGCCACCCUGUUCAAUGUGCACUGUUUCGUCUUUUUGUUGUUGUUCAUUUGUGAAAAAUAAGUGCUUUGCAGCCUUCUGGCCGUUGGCAGUGCCACUGAAGUGCAUUUCCUCCUGGAGUGGUGGGAGUGUCAGGGUCAUAGAAUCAUUCUCAUGCUGGAAGUCGUGAAGGAGGCCAUAGGUAGGGGUCAUCUUGAUGACCAUUGUAAUAGUUUGGCAAUAGCAAUAGUUUCAGUAGUAAUCGGUGUGGGUUGAAAAUCUGCUCUGGCAGCUUUGUGCACCGUGUUUGUAGAUGAAUACGUCAGUGUGUGUUUCAAGAUGAUUCUGACACUAUGAAAGGAGAGUACAUGAGGCUCUUUCUAUUGAAAUGCCUUCCUUGUUGACAAAAGUGUGUACACUGUAAAUUUAUCUUUCCCCGUUUGUAAAAAAAAAACUUUUGACAUGUAUUCGUGAAAGUGAUGUCCAUAUUUUUUAGUGAAACACAAAAGCAUUCAAAAAACACAAAAUAAUGUUUUGACUUUAGAUUCGUGUUACGACUUAACAGCUGUCCAAUACAGUACAUAAAAAGGUUGAAUAUGUAAUUCUUUAUUUUUAUUUUGCUGUACUUAUAAAGUGGAGUGAAUUCCUGUAUGGGACUGUAAAUGUUUAAAACAAAAUGAUGAAGGUCUUUUGUUGUUUUUCGUGUUGAGUAACUUGGAUCCUUGAGACAUUUCAUAAAUGUUUGAAGUGUUGUUUUGUUAGUGUGGCCAUAGAGUGUGUGUGAUGUGAUUAUGUGAUAUUGAAAACAGGACAAGAUGAAUAAU